AUGUUUCGGGAUGAGACGGUGAAGGUUGAGAAGAGGGUACGCGCAUCCUGGGGGGCCGAGGAAGGAAACCCAUCGUCGUCGGCCUCGUCGUCGUCGGAGGUCGCCUCACGCCCCGGGCCGGCCAAGACCAAGAGAUCUGCCUCCAUAGCGUCGUCAGCAACUUCCGGGUCAAUAAAUGUACCAACUCCGCCGUCUUCCUUCGCCUCUACAUCCCCGACCUCGCUCGACUCGCCGCACGCCAGAAGUGGGAGCUCCUCGCCGCUCGUUGCAACAAGUAGCCCUACGACGGCACUCUCGUAUGGCGAGGGCCGGGAGUUGUCGAAACUUCCUCUGGCCAUGACUACCGACCCAGCCGAGCUUGGUCUCUCGUUCUACGUCAAGCACUACAUAAUAGGUUACCCAGAUGAAGUCAGGAGGGCCGAAGAUCUCAGCAGUCAACAGUGGUUUCGAGGCCCUUGUUCCCAAGCCACCAUGGCCGCCCUCGGCCUCGCUGGGAUGGGGAACUUGCACAAUGACAAGCAACUACAACAUCUAUCGCGAGUCAAGUAUGGCGAGGCUUUGAUAUUUACAAAUGAGGCCCUGCGUGACUCUUUAAAGAACCUAGACACAGCCAUCAGAACGACCAUCAUGCUUGCUUUGUACCAGUGUGUCCAUAACACACACGAGUCACAUGAGAACCUUGUACCAUGCAUUACAAGCGGCAUGAGUAUUCCAGACAACUUUUUCGACUGGAUCCGGGAGAGCAGAGCCUCAGACCUGCUACCUCAAGACGAGAAGCCAGGGGCCGACCUCAUCCCCAUGAUCGCACGGUUUGCGCAGCUCAACGCCACACUGCGCACCAGAGUAUUCACCGACGGGGACGAGUCCACAGCACACAUCCUACAGCAGCUUCUGGCAGUGGACGCGGACAUGGACGAGUGGGAGUCGUCACAGGCGGGGAAAUGGCGGUACGAGGUCCUCAGCUCGCCGGACCUGCCGCGCGAGGCCGUCUUCCGCGGCACGUACCACCGCUACUCGGACGUGUGGGCGUCGCGCAUCUGGAGCCACUUCCGCUGGGCGCGGCUGCUGACCAACCAGCGCAUCCUCGAGCUGGCAGAGAGCCACCCCCGGACCGCCGCGGGCGCCGUGCCGCCGGGCCCGCGGCAGGAGCGCAUCCGCGAGACGGUGCGGCGGCUCGCCGUCGACGUGCUCACCUCGGUGCCCACGCACUACCGGCACCCGCGGCUGACGUGGAAGGAUCUUGACCUGGUGCAGACGCACGGCGGGGCCGGCGCCGGCGUCGUUGGGAUACCGCACCUCACGUUUAACCUCCGCGUCGCCGCUUGUGCGCCCGGCGUGCCGUACGAGGUUUGGCGGUGGGCGCUGGACGUCCUGGACACGGUGUGGUCCGACCUGGGGAUGCUGCACGCCAAGAGCCUCGCGGACGAGCUCAGGAAACACCGGGACAAGCUGGACAGGGCCGAUGCGGGAAGGAAGCUGAAGGUCGAGGAGGCCGAGAAUGCCCAGGGAGAGUGCCUGUGA